AUUUUUGUACUGCAAUGUCGAGAAAUAAUUACUGGUUUCGACGACUUUUUUCAACUAUUUGAAGAUUGGAAACAGAACACAUUGAAAUAAUUUCUAAGGAGUCACAACCUUUAAUUACCCGGCUCCUUAAAUUAUGAAUAUACCAUGUUACUUGGGUUUGUUUUUACACAGCUUGUCCACACAGCCUAACAUAAAACACCACCAAAGCACCACUAAUGAUGCACUGUGCUUUCGGCAACAAAGCUUUAAGCUUGCGUCACUGUGCUUAAAAUACCGGUUUUCUUUCGUCCUUUCGUUUACACAGUAUUUUUCAUGCGUGCCUUCUUUGUUAUGUCCUUUGUUUAUAACAAUAAAUAAAACAUUUCUUCGCACAUUAGUAUACAGCGGAGCUGUCAUCCCGUUAUCCUUGCUACAAGUGAGCUUCCUGUCAAAUGAAACACAGAAAAUAUGUAAUGCGUGUAAGUUUUGAGUGUGUGAAUUUUAUCAGCGUGAAAUUAGUAAAUAUAAAAUGUGUGAAAUCAUUAAAAAGAAGCUCAUAGAUAAAAUGUUGCAUAGCCGCAACGGAAUGUGUUAAUCUACAACAAUGUAUAUAUAAGUAUAGUUUAGCUUUAGAGCUAGAGAAUAUACCUGCUAAUUGAAAGUCCGCAGAAAUCCAAAGUGCUUGUAGCAUAGUAGAUAGUGAAUGUUUUAUUUCAUAGAUACCUAAACAUACCAAGUAGUGGAAUCCGUAGUGAAAUCAUGUGCAUUGCGACCCCCAUCUGCUCCGCGGGCUGGCCCAGUCACCUCAAUUGCAAAUAAAAUAUUUAAAGGGAAUAUCAUAAUUUGACCUCGCUUUGAAGUGGGUGUGUGGCAGAAAGAAAUAUUUUUCGCCAAUUUGACGCACGCACACACACACACACACUGAAACACAAACAUACACACGUACACUUAACUCGCAAAUACCCACCGUUUGCAAUAUGAAAGUGAUGCGCAUACGCCACGCUAAACUAAUCGUAGCCGUAGUGGUCAUAGCCAAUCUCAUACUAUUUUAUUACUCGUGGAAGUCGACCAUUUGGAAGAGUCUCACCUCCACGCUCAUGCCCGGCGACGCAGCAGAGCGCGCCGCGUCAGCUGAUAAUGAGCUCGGCGGCGUUGGUGCCGGCGCCGCAGGACGUGGCGUGGGCAAAUCGCCGCGCGAUAAGCUCAAGAAUGCCAACAAACAUAUACGCAAAUCCAUAACGGUUGUAUUUCGUAGUUUUUAUAAUUUCGAAAAUGAUCUCAAAGCAUCCAUUGACAAUCUGCUCGAUAUUGUGCCGAAUUUGUCGGUGUUGGUGCUAUUGGAGGGUACACCCUAUCCACCGGUCAUCUAUGAGCGCAACAUCACCGCCACCAGCGGCGAGGAGAACACUGUGCGCUUCAUCAAUCUCGGCUUCGAUGUGCAAAAGACACCGGAGCAAUUAAAUGCGCUCGCGGCCAUACACACGAAAUAUGUGCUAUUCCUGCCGGAUAGCGUGCGUUUGACGAGUAAAAAUCUCUUGCAAAAGAUUUUGCGCGAAAUCAAUUCGGCCAUGCCAUUGGGCGCUGGCAUAGCGGCAAGAGCGCCGCUCAAGGCGGGCGAAGUGAAACAUCAGCAAGAGGCGCGCGCCUUGUUGCCGCCUGUAGGUCCAGAGGAGACGGUUAGACGUUUGGUGAUAGUGCCGUUCGCCGGCAAUAUGAAGUCGUUUAGCAGUUGUACGCAAAUCAACUUGGAUCUACCCAAUUGGACGAUACAAUAUGUGGCGGUCAACAGCAGCGACAAGUGUGACUUGUAUUUGCAAAAGCAUGCCAUACUCGUGGAUGUGGGCGUACUCAAGGAGCUGCCCGACCCAUUCGUCUCGCCAUUUCCCGAAAUGUUUUACAUACAGGCGAAAUUGGCUGGCAUUUCUAAAACUGUAUUCCCACAAACCUUCCAAGAUGGACGCCGACUAUUCGCUUCGUAUCAUACGAAACAACGUCGCACUGAGAUACGACGUCGGCAGUUUAAGGAACUAUACAAGAAGCUUCAGAUCAAACGUAUCAUACGCCGUUCACAUAAAGUCAUCUCGAAGAGUGAUACGAAAGAGAGCGGUGGUGGUGGCGGCUCACAUCACAAUCUCGUACUGGAUACACAAUUUUCCUCAUCGAACUUCAGUUUGCCGCUGGUAACGGAAAUCGAUUUAAUCGGUUGUGAACGCACCACAAAAUCUUGUGUCGGCACUGUCUAUAACAAUCGGCCCUUCUACAUUUAUUUGGACAAACACACGCCCCCAUGUUGCCUUGACAAACUCAAAACGACAUUCAAUCAUGUACUCGAGGAGUUCGAGAAUGUCGGCAUACGUUAUUGGUUGGACAAUCAGGCCUUGCGUACAGCCAUCGAGACGAAUCAUCUGCAUCCGGAUGCUUAUGAAAUCGAUAUCAGUUUUAAUGUCAAUGAUUUGGAGCGUUCGAAUGCGAUGAAAAAGUCCCAAAAUAAACCAUAUGUAGACAAUGAGGGCUUCUACUGGAUUAAGGCGACGGAUGGGCAUUAUUUUAAAGUGCAAUUUUCGAAAAUUAAUCAAAUCGGUGUAAAUUUAUUACCAUUCGAAAUCAAUGGUAAUGAGGUGAGACCAAGUGGAUUUUUCGGUUGGAAAGCCAAAGAAUUCUCCGCCGACUAUCUGCAUCCGAUGUCGACGGUACUGUUUUUGGGCAAAAGUGUAAUGUGUCCGAAUAAUGUGCGAGAAUUCUUGGACUUUAAGAAUGUGUAAUGCAGUGAUUGGUGAAAGGAGGCGGAAGAAACACCGCCAUGAAGCACUAAACAUACAAAUGGUAUUAGAAGCGUUGAUCUAUUGAAGCACUCUCGAGAUCUUACAUAAAAUAACACAAUGUGAAUCAACAGAGUGUAGUAAAAAUCACCGAAAAUAUACGUCAGCGGCUAUUUAAGAGGUGUGGCUCAUUAGAGACUGGCACUUGAGGCUAUAUUAUUUCAAAUUCAUAUCCAUUAAGUUGUCUUCAAGAUAUAUUCGCCAUUUUUAGAUUGUUUAAAGCAAAUAUAAAUAAUAUUUUUCCAUCAGUACCUUCAUAAUUCAUGUAUCUCUCGUAGUCCAAAGUGCUUCAAUAUAUUUUUGAUCUUCAAAAGGAGGUGGAAGAAAGAUUGUUUUAGUUUUGCAGAAAACUAAACAAAUUUUGCAAUUUUAUUGCUUUGCCGAACAAUGACGUUUGGUGAGUGUGUAGUUCGUUUGAAGCCAUUCGUCAGUCCCGUGUUUUUUAAAACCACACCUCGUAGAACCAUGCGCAAAAUAUGAGGAAUUAAUAAAGACCAAAUAAUUGUACGAAUUAUAUUAAAACAGAGCUAAAGGGAUUUACAUAGAAAAUAUAAGUGUGACUUUACUUAAACGGAAUAAAUUAAUCGCAAUGAUCUCUAAAGGGAAAGAAUUAUAAAAAUAAAGAUACUGAGGUUAAGUAUGCACCAAAUUUAAAAGAUUUUAAUGGAAUUGUAUAUAGUAAAUACAUACACACCUACAAAUAUUUGUAAAAAUAAAAAUUCGGAAUAUACACACUCAUUAAUAUAUACAUACAUACAUACUUAUAAUGCUAAGCCAAAUUAGACAAAUUAAGCGAGUAUGAAAGACACAUCUACGAAAAAGAGUAACAUUAAAGAUGUCACAAUAUAUAAGUAAUACAUGUUAUUAUUUUUUAGAAUUCAUGCUUUAAACCAAAGAAGCUUUAACAUCAGCCGAUGAAGCAGUCGUUAAAAAAAUUAACUUUUAAUUGAAUGAUUGAAAAAGCCAAUGGAAAGGCAAUAGUAUCAAAUCAUAAAACAAAAUACUAAAUAUAACAGUUUAAUAGGCAACUCAGUUAUGCUCGAAAUUUAGACAAUUAGUGAAAUAUCUUGCCCAGUGGCGUAGCUAGGGGGGGGAGGGGCGAAGGGGGCCGGCGCCCCGGGCUCAAUGUCUUGGGAGCGGCAAAACGAUCUCCGCUGGUUUUUAAUAUUCAGAAAAAUACUUCAACAAAUAAGAUGUCUUGUAAAUUUACUAUCAAUUUCCUCAAAAACCGUAUUGUGAGAAUUUUGAAACUUCAGAAUUUACGUGGCUUCUAGUUCCUAAAUUUUAUAUAUGUACUUAACAUCGAAGAUAUUUUGUAAAAAUUCACUUUUGUUCGAACCACCUCAUGAAACUUGUAGGUAGGUAGAUAAAGGGGGGCGGCAGAACAUCUUUGGCCCCGGGCGCCCCAAGCUGUACCUACGCCACUGAACUUGCCUAAUACAUAAGCAAAGGUAAACAUUGCUAAUUGACUCAAUUACGGUCUGUCUGAAACGCCUGUAAAAUAUAUUAUAUAAAUAUACAAAAUAAUAGAUAACCAAACAUUGAGUAUUUUAGACCUUUGCCUAUUAAAUAAUGGAAAUAAUUAUGAAGCUUUGCUAAUUUAUAAAUAUUAAACUGGUCAUAGAAAUUAAAAGAAGUAGCUUGUGAUCAGGAGUAACAACUUUGCUAAUUUUAAAAAGUAAUACAGCUAAACAUUAUUUAGUAUUGAAUUAUGACAGCGCCGCAAACUCGAGUUUAACGCUUAUUUUAUUAUCUAGCAUUAACCCUUCUAUCAAAUAUGGAGUUCACCAUACAAAAAACGAUUUAACUGAUGUUUGUGAAAUCAACUAUAUUUUUCAACUCAAUUUUGCCGAAAAGUUUACUGUUUGUGGUGCUUAGUGGGAACACAUAAAUUUCUUUAUUUUUUCUCAUAUUUUGAUACGUUAUACUUGAUAGGUCAUAGCUUCUGAUAGGUCAUACCUAUCCAAAUAUGAUUUUAAAGUUUUAUUUUUUUAAUGUUUUAUCGAUAUUUCAAAUAAUUUUCGAGUUACAGCCUUCAUAAUUGUGAUAGCUCAGUUUAAUCAGCUCAACCAGUUUAUCUUUGAAGCAUUUUUCUCAAAACUACAUUUUUCAAAUUUUUAUAUGUGAUUUCUCGGAGACAAAUACUAGUCUUUUGAUCAAAAUUGAAAUCGUCAAAAUUAAUUUUUUUUAAUUCCAUCAUUUUCUCAAUUUUCUGAUAUUUUCCGAACAUAAGUAAUUGUACGGACAGUAUCUUCAAGUCGAAAUUUUUUGUUUUACGUUUCAGGGGUUAUAUACAGUUAGAAGUCCCAAAAAUGUGAGUUUUCCAGAAUUGUUUCUGAGAGAUUUUUUUACUUUAUUAAUCCAAAAACUGUUACAUAUGUUAUGGUAUCUUUUAGCUGUAUUUUCAGACUUAGUAUUCCUAAAAAUAUUUAUUUGGAAAGGAUCUACAGCUGAUUUCCGGGAGCUCCUCUCAAAAAAGACGUUUUGCGAUGACCACUAUUCUCGAAUCUCUGAACUGGGUCCUCUGAAAUUAAAAGUAAUGUUAAGUCUAGUAAUUAAUUAAAGGAAUAAGCAAAAUACAAUUUUUUGACAAAAUGGCGGUUUAAAAAAAUUGAUUUUUGACCUAAAAUUGUGUAUCGAAAAUUUUUUAUCGGUGAGAAAAAUCUUCGAUUAAUUACUAAAAUGUUUAAGAAGCUCGUAUUAAAAUUUGAUACUGAUCGGUUUAGCCGUUUUCGAGUAAUGUUGGUCACCGACUUUGAAAACACCCUUUUGAGAAAAACGCGUUUAAAGUUUAGAAUGCGCUUCCAAGCACGCUGAAACACCUUUUGGAAUUUUCGUGUAACUUCGAAAUUAUUCACCGGAACGAUACGAAACUUUUUGUGUGUUCUUCAAUAUAUGCAUAUUAAGAAAAUAAAAUAAAAAAUAUCGAUUUUUUUGAAAAUUUUAACUGUAUAUAAUCCCUUCAUCGACGGAGAAGGCCGCAAUCAGAGCAGGAUAUUGUAGGACAUUUUUAGUAUCAUCUGAAAUAGCGACUAACCCGAAAAAAAUUUAAUUUUUACUUCUAAAAAUUUACUCUGUAUAUUGAAAAUAUGUAUGUAUAUAAUAAUAGUGUAAUAAUUGAUACUGAUUUUUUCUGUUUUUACCUUCCCAAAAAUCAGCUUUUUUAGCUGUCAUUAAACACCACUCCCAUAUAAAUGGUUUAUCAUACACCCUCUUUUAACUCACCUAAACACAACUUCUUUAAUGUUUAUGGCGAUACAACUCUGAUUCCAUUAAUAGACUAUUUCGGAAGUUCGCGAUAAAAAAUAUCAAAUCAAAUUUCAUGUUACAUACAUAGUAUACUUGUCUCUUAAACUCGAGUUUGUGGCACAGCGCAUGCAAGUUGUAAUAAAAAUUACAACUUGACCUCAACCAAAUUAUUUAAACACAAAAAAUUUAAUUGUUGCAAAAUAAGUUGUUAAUAGUGCUCAAUUGUAUAUUUUACCAUACUAACACAUCCGCAUAUAUCGUACAUAUACAUAGCUAUACAAAUACAUAACUGCAUAACUACACUACACACUCAUUGGACAUUCAAAUGUGAUAACUGUACUGCAUGUAAACUCGUACUCCGCGCUACGGCUUCAAGUAUUUUGUUCUGCUAUUACUAUUUUUAAAAAUGCAUAUAUAUACAAGUAUAUACAUAUAUGUAUAUGCAUACCCACUAUUUAUUGAAGUAUAUAAAACUGUUGGUUUUCUGACAUUAAAAAGUUAUAAAUAAGGACAUUUGUAUUGUAUAAAUAUUUUGGUGUAAAAAAUAUUGAUUUGAUAGUAAUUUUGAAACGUACAUAGUUCCAUGAAUACACUCAUACAUAUACGCACACUAGGGUGUCCGUUAUUCUACAAGUUGACUUUUUUUGACGCCAACUGAAUUUCUAGUUUUUGCACUAAAAAAACGAUACAACGUAAAUAAGCUAUUUAUUUUUAAUUAAAAACGGGUUUCAAUCAUUUUACUUUCUCCAUAUAUUUUACAUAGAAUUUUGAUCUUUUGCUGUAAAUUCUAUUACAUCGAUAUUUUCGCGCUACAAAAAAGGCCCUAAGAUUUAUUUUUUCAUAAAAACAUUGCUUCAAAAGUUACACGCAGUUAAAGUAUACCAUGAUGAUGAGUAAAACAGAAUUUAUAAGGCAGUUGUAUGCAUGGUUUUUACGAGGAUUUCCUUACAGUAUAUUUCCGGAUUAGAGAACAAAAAGAAAUAUGAAUAAU